GCGGGCCGGCCUUCCGCAGCGGGGAAAUGUGGAAGGUGCCCUGAGGAACCGGGAGUGAUCCUGGCUUGUGGUUAACGCCUGUGCCCAGUUGGUAAAUUAAACUGCCCCAGGACACUGGGUUCCCUAGGAGCCGCCUAGGGCUUAAUAAUUGUCCAGAAGGCGGCUAUAAAGGGAGUCUGGGUGGAGGAGGGAGCAGAAAAAACCCCAGCUCAGCAGAUCUGGGGACUGAGAGCCACUAGCAGGAGUAGUCGGAGGUGCUGUGGUCAGAGCUCAGUGUCGUGGCUGGCCCGGCCUGUUCUUUUCCACCAUGGAGACCCAAGGCUACGGCUACUAUCGCACUGUGAUAUUCACAGCCAUGUUUGGGGGCUACAGCCUGUACUACUACAAUCGCAAGACCUUCUCGUUUGUCAUGCCAUCGCUGGUGGAAGAGAUCCCUCUGGACAAGGAUGAUUUGGGGCUCAUCACCAGCAGCCAGUCUGCGGCCUACGCCAUCAGCAAGUUUGUGAGCGGGGUGCUGUCGGAUCGGAUGAGUGCUCGCUGGCUCUUCUCCUCGGGACUGCUCCUGGUUGGCCUGGUCAACAUCGUCUUUUCCUGGAGCUCCACGGUACCUGUCUUCGCUGCUCUCUGGUUCCUUAAUGGCCUGGCACAAGGGCUGGGUUGGCCCCCCUGCGGGAAGAUCCUUCGGAAGUGGUUCGAGCCAUCCCAGUUUGGCACUUGGUGGGCCAUCCUGUCGACCAGCAUGAACCUGGCCGGAGGGCUGGGCCCUAUCCUGGCGACCAUCCUGGCCCAGAGCUAUAGCUGGCGCAGCACGCUGGCCAUGUCGGGGGCGCUGUGUGUGGGGGUCUCCUUCCUCUGCCUGCUGCUCAUCCACAACGAACCUGCUGAUGUUGGACUCCGCAACCUGGACCCCACCCCCUCCAAGGGCAAGAAGGGCCCCUCCAAGGAAGAGAGCACCCUGCAGGAGCUCCUGCUGUCCCCUUACCUGUGGGUGCUCUCCACCGGCUACCUGGUCGUGUUCGGCGUCAAGACCUGCUGCACAGACUGGGGCCAGUUCUUCCUUAUCCAGGAGAAAGGACAGUCUGCCCUCGUGGGUAGCUCCUACAUGAGUGCCCUGGAGGUUGGAGGGCUCAUAGGCAGCAUCGCAGCUGGCUACCUGUCAGACCGAGCCAUGGCAAAGGCAGGGCUGUCUGUGUAUGGAAACCCUCGCCAUGGCCUGCUGUUGCUCAUGAUGGCUGGCAUGACAGCGUCCAUGUACCUCUUCCGGGUGACAGUGAGCAGUGACUCCCCCAAGGAUGUUGCUUUCUGGACUCCAGCUCUCCAUCCUCUUGCUGAGCUCACAGGCUUUACGGAGCACGAGAUCUGGAUCCUGGUGCUGGGGGCUGUGUUUGGUUUCUCCUCCUAUGGCCCCAUUGCCUUGUUUGGAGUCAUAGCCAAUGAGAGUGCCCCUCCCAACCUGUGUGGCACCUCUCACGCCAUUGUGGGACUCAUGGCAAAUGUGGGCGGCUUUCUGGCCGGGCUGCCCUUCAGCACCAUCGCCAAGCAUUACAGCUGGAGCACAGCCUUCUGGGUGGCCGAGGUGAUCUGCGCAGUCAGCACAGCUGCUUUCUUCCUGCUCCGGAACAUCCGAACCAAGAUGGGCCGAGUACCCAAGAAGGCUGAGUGAAGGGAGCUGGCUCUUCUGCGCUGGUCUCCCUAUUCACAGGUUAGGGUGCAGGGAGGGAGCGAGCUGCUCCUGCUAGGAUGGAACCUUCCACUGGAACUGUGCCUUUCCAACUGGAACCUUCGCUUUUCUGUGUGUGCAACGUCUCCCUUGCCCAAGAGGCACUGAAAGUGUAGCAGUGGCUGAUGAGGUCCCGGCUCCCCACCCCCUAUUUAAACAAUAACCUCUGCUCCCAGACGCCACUAGCUCGUGUCGCACCGGCAACUCCUGCAGUCUGAGUCUCCUGUACCCUUCCUCCUCUUCUGGGGGCCUGUCCUGACCCAGUCCUGCCAGCUCCCGCCUGGUAAGGCUGUUUCCGCAGUGGCCGGGCACGAAUGGCCAGUGACUUCUGCUCUGCCUUAAGUCCUCUCCAAAGGGAGCAAAGCUAUUGCCGGCACCUCAGGCGCUGGAGGAAGAAAGCAAGCGGCACCCUGGGGUGACAGGGGAUGUGAAGGGGAGGGGAGGAUGACUUGUUAUAGAAGAUUAAAACUAGAUUUGAUAC